AUGUCAUUGCACUGUAAGCAUGUCAUUGCACUCUCCAUCAGCGAGUGCACCCUCAUCAGCUCCCUGCCCACUGCUCUCCUCGCAUUGUCCCAUCUCAAGGAUCUUGAUUUGAAGCUGUGCAAAUCUGCAAUUCUCAGCAGAGAAGGUUGGGAAAACCUGCCGCAGCUCACUCGCCUCCAUUUGUCAGGCAACCAUAAACUCGUAUCACUACCAGAGCAGCUCUCCCAGCUGCAGAAGCUGCAGUCUCUGCACUUCUUGUCAAAUCAUGGAUUGUCUGGGGAGCUGCCUGCGUGGAUCUUCAGCCUCACAGACUUGACUUCACUGUGCGUCCUGCCUGCCAUGCACCAUUUGCCAUGCAACAUUCCCCUUGUCAUGCAUGUGAAAGCUUAA